AUGCUAGUGGCUGCAUUGCUAUGCCGUCGGGUGCAAGCCAUAAAAUGUGGUGUAGGUUACAAAAUAUCAACACUCUUUCCUGUGCCUGAAGAAAGAUUACCACCGCAAGGUUUCGUUCAAACCGACUGCCCUGGAUCUCAGAGCUGCAUUUAUGGCUCUCUAAAUCCUCAUGGAUAUUAUGGUUCGUUGGGCAGUGCGACGUUUGCAUUUUGCGAUGGAAACAUAGUUGCUAACUACCUCGUCACUUGCGAACAUCAAUUGAAUAACUGUACAACGACUGAAAUCACUAGCGCAACACUACCAUUCUGGAAGCUGGGUUUCGACAUUAAAUUUUGCUGCUGUGAUCCUUCGGAUUUAUGCAAUUGCGAUGUUCACGAAUCAUACUAUGCAGAAAAACCCUAUUGUCCAUCAGCCCCAACCAAUGCAACCAGCACACGACAACCGUUAACGUCCUUGUCAACUUCAAGCAGUCAACUACUUACAACAAUGAUCGACACCAUUCAGCCAUUGCUAUCGUCCACGACCACUAAGACUGCUCCGUUGCUGCCUUCUCGUAAGUUGCCGCAUCAUCCGAUUCCUCAUAAUCAUCCGGACAGAACAGCCGCGUUCCCGUGA